CGUCUGGGCAGGCGCGCCCUGCGAUUGGACGCGGCCGUGUGUGCGCGGUGACGCGCCUCGUGGCGGUGCGGGUCCCGAUUGCUGCAGCCGCUUGUCAGUGUGACGAAGAUUGGCACCCAGAAAAUUUGAAUUAAGAUAUGAUGAUUUGACCAAUAAGAGCCCUUGGUAACCAUGAUGGCAACACAGGCAUUAAGUAUAGACAACUAUCAAGAUGGACAACAGCAGAUGCAAGUAGUAACUGAGUUAAAAACUGAGCAAGAUCCGAACUGCCUGGAAGCAGAUGCAGGGGGAUUGAGUCCUUCUCCAGUAGAGUCCCAGACGCCGAUGGAUGCAGACAAACAGGCCAUUUACAGGCAUCCACUCUUUCCUUUAUUAGCACUGUUAUUUGAAAAAUGUGAACAAUCUACACAGGGAUCGGAAGGCACAACCUCUGCCAGCUUUGAUGUAGAUAUCGAAAACUUUGUCAGGAAGCAGGAGAAGGAAGGAAAACCCUUUUUUUGUGAAGAUCCCGAAACAGAUAAUUUAAUGGUAAAGGCAAUUCAGGUUCUCCGAAUUCAUCUGCUUGAGCUAGAAAAGGUUAAUGAGCUCUGUAAGGAUUUCUGUAGUCGCUACAUUGCCUGUUUGAAAACUAAAAUGAAUAGUGAGACUCUUCUGAGUGGAGAAUCUGGGAAUCCUUAUUCACCUGUACAACCCCAGUCCAGCAACUUUAAACAUGAUAAAGAUAGCUUGGAUUUGCUGGAGCAGCUGUCUUCCUGGAAAGAGUCACCAGAAAAUCCAAUUCAAAGUGCCAUCACAGGUACGCUCAGUCCCCAAGGGAUUAUGGUGCCCGCAUCAGCAUUGCAGCAGGGAAAUGUAACUAUGGCAACUGUUGCAGGUGGUACAGUAUAUCAGCCAGUGACUGUGGUCACACCUCAAGGUCAAGUAGUGACGCAAGCCUUGUCACCUGGAACCAUCAGGAUCCAGAAUUCACAGCUCCAGUUACAAUUAAACCAGGAUUUAAGCAUCUUGCAUCAAGAUGAUGGGUCAUCAAAAAAUAAAAGAGGGGUUCUUCCAAAGCAUGCUACAAAUGUGAUGAGGUCGUGGCUUUUCCAGCACAUAGGGCAUCCAUAUCCAACAGAAGAUGAGAAAAAGCAGAUAGCAGCACAAACAAAUCUGACAUUACUCCAGGUUAACAACUGGUUUAUCAAUGCUAGAAGACGAAUUCUCCAGCCAAUGUUGGAUUCCAGUUGUUCGGAAACUCCAAAAACAAAGAAGAAAACAGCUCAAAACCGACCCGUUCAAAGGUUCUGGCCAGACUCCAUUGCAUCAGGAGUAGCUCAGCAUUCAAAUGAACUUACAAUGUCAGAUGGAGCUGUUGUGACAAUUACAGCACCAGUCAACAUGAAUGUAGACAGUCUCCAGUCUCUUUCAUCAGAUGGUACCACUUUGGCUGUUCAACAAGUCAUGAUGGCAGGGCAGAGCGAGGACGAAUCUGUGGACAGCGCUGAAGAUGACGGUGCAGAGCUCUCAACCACAAACAUCAGUGGUCUUGUCUUGGAUAACAGUGAUUCUCUGCAGUAGGAAGCAAGAAAAGCUGUGACUUAUAUGCUUAGGAAAAACAAUGGACUCACUGACUUUUUAUAGUUUGCACAGCAAACAUUUUACACAAGUUUUAUUUCUAAUAUGUUUUAUAUGUAGAUAUAGAAGAGUGCACUUUUUUGUAUUUCAUAUAGUAAGCUUAAAGAGUGUCUUUGCAGGUGCAGCAACUUCUUUCAAAUGUGUUGUUCUUUUGGUUUUAAUUUUGAAAAUGUAAAUCUAGUAAUUU